AACGACUUUGUUGGCCAAAAUUUAACUCAAUGUUUGCACUUUUCGUGCAAAGUUGGAAGGCGAUUACCCGAACUUCUUGAGAAAAGUCGUGAUGAAACUGAUCUCAUUCUGUUCGCUUUUGUUUUUCUAAAAAAAAAUUUCUGGCUGUCCCGCUGAUUUUUUUCCUCUCUCUCCCUCCGAUCAAUUCAUUGUCUCAGAUUGGAGGAUCCCAAGUUUCCGCAAACUUACAUUUCCGUUUCCCGCUCCCUGUUUAAAGAAAAAAGUUCUUACAUUUCCCUAAAAGACAAAGCCUCUCAAAACUUCAUUUCGUUUGCACGUCUUCCAUCUCCUCCUCCUUGCUCCUCUGUCCCUCCCCUGACCUGGUGCUGCAAUGGGGGAGUCUGAGCUCCCGGAAUCUGCUCCUGCUACCUCCCCCGGGCUGAGUGCUCUUAUCCCGGACAAAACCUUCUUAAAGUCUCGGAAAGGUCUGCUGCUGGCAGCUGAAGUGGUGCUAUCUUUCAUCAUUUUAAUAUGUUACCUGGCAUCCCCUCUGGCUGCAUUCAUGGCUGCUCCACUCAUCGAGUUCCUCCUGUCCAUUUGUGCCUAUUACGUAUAUGUGACACAGUACAUUGACCGUUUCCCAGGCUUCCACGGUCCUUUGAUUGAUUUCCUGCGCUGUGUCACUGCUGCAGUUAUUUUCUUUGCGAUCUCGAUUUAUGCCGUUACAAAGAUUUCAGCGUCUGCAAAAACCGCUGGGGUGUUUGGUUUCGUGGCAACAGUUGUGUUUGCAUUUGAUUUCUACUACAUCUGCAACCAUUUGAUCAGUCUCAUAAACCCCCAGGAUCUCCCGACACACACUGCAACAAUCAAAAAAUCCACAGGUGAAGAAGAAAUGUCAGAUUCUGAUUCAGAUUGAAACAAUGUGAAGGAUUUUACUUUGUGCUUUUCUGCUGGUCGCCGAACUCCUUGUGAAUCAUCUUUUUUACAAUUAAAUUUGAAGCACUUUU